AUGGCUCAAUCCACCAAGUGCUAUCUUCCCCGGUUCGCUUCGACGGUUGACGGGCCUAAACGCCCAGUCUCGAUGAAGACGAGGCCCACGGCUGCUCAACAUGCGCAGUUAUUAACCGCAUGGAACGAAGGCCGUUUGGACCCAAUGUUACGAGCCACUUGGGCCCUCUUGCUGCAUUACUAUAUCCGCUCCGAGGAUAUUUGCUUCGGGUACCAACAUCUCGAGGGCGACUCGCGCUCUCCCAAAUCAUCUGUACAGCGUUCUACCGGCGUCAACAUUUCGACGAUCCGCAUAUCCAUCAACGAAAACGACUCUCCCACAGCAAUUGUAGAUAAGGUGCGCGCAGACAGUGCGAAUCAUCAGGUCAAUGGAAGCUCAGAGGCCGCUUCCGAGGGAUACCUCCCUUUCAACACUAUCUUCAUGCUGCGCACAUACGAUCCGCCUGCUUCUUCCUCAAAACCUAUUUUGGCAACAGCCCUUCCAGACGAGUGCCAAGUCCGUCUUCAUGUUAAGGUGCUGCGUGGAGACAUCAGUAUCUUCCUCGAAUGGUGCAAGGGUGACAUGUCUGGGGAACAGAUGAAGAGUAUCGCAAACAUUUUUGAGCAGUUGCUUGCCAAAGUCCUUUCUGCUGAGAACACCGCUAUUAGCCAGCUUAAUUUGUUCUCGGAGAACGACUGGCAACGCAUUCACAAGUGGAACUCCACUCCUCCAGAGCUUCACGAUCGCUGCAUUCACGAAGCGAUCCACGAUCAAAUGUUGAGUGGACCUGAUCGUGAGGCUGGAGUCGGGCCGGAAGUCCGCGUGGCUUUGUGUUUCGAUAAAUCGAAAUGGAACAUUGUCGCAAUGCUUGGCGUCAUGAAAGCCGGCGGAGCCUUCGUCCCAUUGGACCCGACUCACCCAACUUCCCGACUGCAAGCUCUCAUCCAAUCGGUUCAGGCACCGGUUGUGUUGUGCUCUCAGCAUCUUUCCGAUAAACUUCGCCCGAUCGCGAAGACUUCAAUACCCAUCUGUGACGAUACUCUAGAUCCUCUGUCUGACCCCACGGAGAGUGUGAAUCUUGCAUCGGGUGUCACAAGUCAAAAUGCGGCUUACGUUCUGUUUACCUCUGGAUCUACAGGAGAACCCAAGGGAACACUGUUGGAGCACCGCGCGUUCCUGUCCGGGGCAAUGGUGCAUGGGCCCGGUCUGCGCAUUUAUCGCGAGUCACGAUGCCUUCAAUUCGCCGCCCACACAUUCGAUGCCAGUUUGGCCGAGUCGUUGACGCCGCUCAUUCACGGUGCAUGUGUGUGCAUUCCGAGUGAAGAAGCUCGGCUUAACGAUAUUGUGACCACCAUCAACGAGAUGCGAGUCACUCAGGCCUGCUUCACACCUUCAUUCAUCGGCUUUAUUGAAAUCGAGAGCGUCCCAGGACUGGAGAGUUUAGUCCUGGCCGGGGAGGCAAUGUCGCAGUCACAGCUGGCCACUUGGUCCAAAAUCAAAUUGGUCAAUGGUUAUGGGCCUACCGAGGCCAGUGUGGCAUCCGUGCUGAAUUCCAAUGUUACACCUGACACCGAUUGUAAAGAUAUCGGCCUGCCCAUUGGUGUGAGGACCUGGCUUGUGAACCCUGAUAACCACGAUGAACUGGUCCCCGUGGGCUGCCCUGGAGAAUUACUUUUGGAAGGCCCACCCCUGGCCCGGUGCUACGUGAAUAACCCACAAAAGACAAACGAAUCGUUUAUCUUCGACCCUGCUUGGACUACAUGGGACCCUGAAAGUGGCUCUAACCGUAGAUUCUACAAGACAGGUGAUCUUGUCAGGUACAACUCUGACACUGGUGCCCUGAAUUACAUCGGUCGCAAGGAUACGCAGGUCAAGGUUCACGGACAACGCAUCGAGCUCGGUGAAAUUGAGAAUCAGCUUAGCAAAGAUUUGAACGUCACUCAUUGCUCAGUAUUUUUCCCCAAGACAGGUUUCUCCAAGGGGCGGCUGGCGGCAGUUGUCUCUUCCACUGGCUUGCUCGCCGAACAGUCCGAUUCGGACUUGGAGCCUCUGCGACUCGUCUCUGCCUCGAAAAAGGCUGAGCUGGUCCCAGGCAUCCGAGAGCGUCUAUCAGCUCGUCUCCCCACUUAUAUGGUCCCCGCAGUUUGGUUGUGUGUUGAAGCUCUGCCACUUCUGCCAUCAGGGAAACUAGACCGCAAGGGCAUUUCCACUUGGGUCGCAGGAAUGGAGAACGAUCCAGAUCUUCAGAACAAUGCCUCUGUUGCAAUCGUCAGCACAGAAGCCUCCCAGCCCGCCAACGACAGAGAGGAAGCAUUAGCUGCUGUAUAUAGCCGUGUCCUCAACAUUCCCCUAAACCAGCUCGAUUUGAACGAGGGUUUCCUUGCCCUCGGUGGUGAUUCAAUCGCAGCUAUGACAUGUAUCGGUCUCUGCAAGAAGCGAGGAUUCUCCCUCUCUGUACAGGAGCUGCUUCGCAGCAAAUCAAUCCGCGACCUCGCAACCCGCGCAAAGACAAUCGAUCACCUUACGACUUAUGAAGAAGCUGUUGAUGAAACAUUUAACCUGUCACCCAUUCAGAUCCUUCACUUCGGUGUACGAAAGGAGGGCCAAGGCCACUUCAACCAAGGAAUUCUCACUCGCUUGAACAAACCUGUCGAUGAACGAACCCUCCGCAAGGCCGUCGAAACUCUGGUAUCUCGGCACUCAAUGCUCCGUGCACGAUUCACCGACACAGGAUUUGCAACAGCAUCGAGCCAACACAUCACCCGUGAUAUCAAAGGGUCUUACAGAUGGCGGAUGCACACUCUUGGUAGCAUGGACGAGGUCAAGUCUCAUGUCGCCGAUAGCCAAUCUUCUAUCAAUUGCUUCUCUGGGCCGUUGCUUGCCGUCGACUAUUUCCUGGUGAAGGGCCAGCCUAACGUACUGUCAAUGACAGCUCACCACUUGGUUGUCGACAUUGUGUCAUGGAGAAUUAUUCUGGAAGAUUUGGAAGAUAUCAUCUUGAACCCAGAGAAGACUGGAACUAGUGAUGGAUCCUUGCCUUUCCAGACCUGGUGCCGCCUGCAGAAUGAGCACUGCAAGACCCUCAGGGUUGAGCACAAAGUUGCAACUGACGCUCUCGCUGCAACGGACUUUGGUUACUGGGGGCUCAAGGACACUCAAACCACAUAUGGUGAUGUGGAUUGUGCCUCGUUUGAGAUCGACCAAGGCCACACUAAUGCCAUUCUGCUUGAAUGUCACAAAGCUCUUGGUACCGAGCCAAUUGACCUAUUCUUGGCAGCAAUGCUACACUCAUUUGGCCGCGCUUUCCCCGAUCGUUCUCUUCCAACCAUUUACAAUGAAGGCCACGGACGAGAAGUCUGGGACCCGUCCAUCGAUAUCUCGCACACCGUCGGCUGGUUUACCAUUUUGCACCCAGUUUUCGUUUCUGCAUACAAGUCAGACAACCCCAUUGAUACCCUCAUCCAGGUGAAGGAUCUCCGCCGUCGUGUCUCGGACAAUGGCCGUGCAGAUUUCACCAGCCGCGUUCUGCCAGGUCAGGACAAUCAAGAGUCUGAGCACCCCCACCCCUUCGAGAUGUCGUUCAACUACGUCGGUCAACAUCGAGAUCUGCAGAGGCAGGAUGGUCUCUUCCAGCUUGUUGAUCAGAUGGCCGGAGAAGCUGGCCAAGGAGGGGGUGCAGCUGACUUUGGAACCGAUACUCCCCGGUUCGGUCUGUUUGAGAUCUCUGCGAUGGUCGUGGCUGGAAAAGUUCGAUUCAACUUCUCCUUUAACAAGUUCAUGCAGCACCAAAAUCGCAUUCACCGAUGGGUUUCCGAAUGCCAGGAGCUGCUUGUAACUCUCGCUGAGCAGCUUCCUACCCUCGCACCGCGGUUGACUCUCAGCUCUUUCCCCAUGCUGUCGUUGACCUACCCCAUCUUGGACAAAUUGCUCAAUGACAAGUUGCCUGCUAUCGGCAUUGAGUCCCCGGACCUUGUUGAGGAUAUCUACCCUUGUUCUCGAAUGCAGCAGGGUAUCCUCCUUGGUCGCAAGCGUGAUAGCUCCUACUAUGCUGUGCACGACACCUUUGAGAUUAAGGCCACCGGAUCUAGCGAGCCAAACCUUGAUCGCCUUGUCAACGCAUGGCAGCAGGUUGUUUCUCGUCAUGCGAUGUUCCGAACCAUCUUUGUUGAGAACCUCACUCCUCGUGACCCCUUCUGCCAAGUCGUGCUGAAGAGUUAUGACGCCACUCCAGUCUUCUUGCAGUCCCCAGGGGAAAGCGAUGUGCUGGCCACAUUUGAUAAGGAAGACCCCAAGGAUUACAGCGAGUCUGCACCGGCGUAUCGCUUCACUAUUUGCCAGACACCAAGUGGCAGACUGUUUGCUCGCAUUGAAAUGAGUCAUGCUGCGAUGGAUGGCAACUCGAUCUCAAUCAUCCUCCGUGACUUGCAGCUCGCAUACGCUGGUAGACUCGAGGAAAGCCCCCAGCCUUUGUUUAAGGAUUAUAUGGAGUACCUUCAGGAUGCACCAAAGGAAGCUAGCAUCAACUACUGGCGCUCGUACUUGGAUCAGGCUAAGCCGUGCCACUUCCCCGCUCUCACUGACGGCCAACAAUCGGCCAAGGCACUUCGAUCCAUUCCGGUCAACUUUGGAGCCCUCAAUGAACUCCAAAAUGUCUGCGAGAAGCGCGGUAUUACUCUCGCAAAUGUCUUCAAUGCCGCGUGGGGCCUCACUCUGCGCGCCUUUUGUGGAUCCGACGACGUUUCCUUCAGCUACAUGGCAUCCCUGCGUGAUGUGGCUGCUGAGGGCGUCCAAUGGGUUAUUGGACCAGUCAUUAACCUCCUGGUCUGCCGAAUGAAGGUCGCUGAUGACGCAAAGCUCAGUGAUGUGCUGCAUCAAAUCCAGAACGACUACUUGGAGAGCCUUCCUUACCGUCACACAUCACUCAUUGACAUCCAGCAUGCUUUGAAGCUGUCCGACACCAAUUUGUUCAAUUCUGGUGUCUCUUACCGCCGGCUUCCCAGUGCUAAGGAUGCUGUCAGCAGUGACAUCGAAUGUGUUGAGGUUGGCACAAUCCACGAUCCCGCUGAAUUCCCAGUUUUCAUCAACAUUGAGGCCAUGGACACUACCGCCCGUAUUGACCUCAACUACUGGACUACCAACCUCUCCGAUGCACAAGCUACCAAUGUUGCCAAUACCUAUCUUCGUUGUCUCGAAAACAUUGUCUCGAACAUUGACGGUGAAAUUCGCCAGCUAGACACCUUGAGCGAGGAAAAUCGAGCUCAGAUCCUCGCGUGGAACAGCAAGACUCCCAAGCCCUUUGAGAAGUGCGCUCAUCACGUUGUUCAGGAGAUGGCCAAAAAGCGCCCCGAUGCGUUGGCUGUCACUGCUUGGGAUGGGAACUUAACUUACUCCAAGUUGGAUCAAUUCUCCUCUCGCUUGGCAAGCUAUCUCAUCACCUUCGGUGUUGGUCCUGGCACCCUAAUCCCCGUCUGUUUCGAGAAGUCUGUGUGGAACAUCGUCUCCACAUUGGCAAUCAUGAAAGCCGGUGGUGGCUGUAUUCCAGUUGACACACCUGAGAGCCUGGCUCUUGUUGAGAAGUGGAUUGCCGACAACGUCGUGCAAGUCGCCCUGGCUUCCCCGGAGAAGGCCCAGAUCCUCGAGGAUGCCGUACCGUACGUCAUUCCUGUAAGUGAGUCUCUCCUCGAGUACCUCGCCGACGAAGUUCUCAAACCCGUGGCACAACCAUCCGACAUCGCAUACAUUGCUCUGACUGCUGGCACCUCUGGCCCCGCCAAGAGCGUUGUUCUUGACCACACAACCGUAAUGACCCGAGCUGAGGCGUUCGCUACUACCAUGGCAAUUGCAGAUGUCUCUAGGACUCUGCAGUUUGCUCCUCACACAUCCGAUGCAUUUAUCGUCGAGGCUUUCGGUACAUUCAUGUGGGGCGGUUGCAUUUGCAUCCCCGCUGAUAUCGACCCCGUUAACUUGGCCACCUCUAUUAAUGUAUUCCAUGUCAAUGUUGCUAGCAUCACACCCACAGCCGCAAGCUUUUUCUCCCCCAAGGAUGUACCGGGACUGCGAUCGAUUGCCCUGGGUGGUGAAGUUGUUUCUCAGAGCGUUCUCGACCAUUGGCAGACCGAUGAUCUCCAAUUGCAGGUUUUGUAUGGAACAUGUGAGAGCUCGGCUACCUCCUUCCACGUGUUCUGCUCUCAGGACGAAAACGAGGCUGCCCUCAUUGGAAAGAGCACAUCUUGUGUUUCGUGGGUUGUUGACCCUUCCAACCACAAUUGUCUAGUCCCGAUCGGCAGUGUUGGAGAACUGGUGCUCGAAGGGCCUAUUCUUGCCCGCGGCUACCUCGACAACCAGUCCGCAGAGAGUGACAAAUUCUUCAACAACGCUUCUUGGAUUUCUGGACAAAGUGAAGGUGCUAAGCACCGCCUGUUCAAGUCUGGAGAUCUUGUUCGGUACAAUUCCGAUGGCUCACUUGUUUUCGUCGGCCGAAAGAACGACAAGAACGAAUCCGCCUUGGCUAGUGAGCUUAUCCAGACCCAGGCACGCGUCGAUUCAUUCCUGGACCACAAGAGGAUGUGCGUUGUGGAGAAAAUCCAGCUGCAAAGUGCUGGUGUGAAGACCAACGCUCUCGUUGCUUUCGUGGUUUCUUCAGACACCAACCAGGUCACGUUUGGUGAUCGCGUUAUCCAGUCCUCGACUCCUCAACUGAAAGAGGCCAUCUGUAGCCUACACGGCAAUCUGAGUAGCAGUCUUCCUGGUAGCAAGGUUCCGAGUUUCUACAUCCCCGUUUCCUCCCUCCCAUUGACCGCAUCUGGAAAACUAAACCGCCAGGCCCUUAAAAUUGAAACACAAGCGCUUUCUAGCAGUGCUCUCGACGCGUUUGACAUCAAGCGUUGGAACGGAUCUAAGGCUGGACACCGCGUUUCACGACAUGCUAGUCUCUCAGAGGCCAACAUCGCUUUCUGGAAGGAGUACCUCGCGGAUGUUGAGCCCUGCGUUUUCCCGGCGCUCUCCCACGAGGCAAGCGACAAUGGGCGCUCCACCCGUACCCUAAAUAAGCAGACAGCCAAAAUCCACGCCUUCAGCAAAUUGUCUGGCCUUCCUGUGGAAACUCUCUUCCAGUUCGCCUGGGCCGUUGUCCUCCGGUGGUACACUGGCUCAGACGAUGUGUGCUUUGGUUAUUCUGCCCCAUCGUCGGAGACAAAACUGGCGACCGAAGGUAUUACCACCUGCCGCUUCGUCGUGCAGAACGAGCAAAAGCUGCAAGAAACUCUCGAAAAAGCAAAGAAGGACUCCGAGACCAGCGCGUUGAAUGUCGCAUCCUUGGAUGCAGUCAAACACCAGCUUGGACUUGAUGAUAUAAGACUCUUUAACACUUCCCUGAUUUAUCGCACGGCUUCCAAUCUUCCUAAAGGAAGUUCCCGCGAACCAACCAGCUCUAGUCCUUACCAGAUCUUGGUUGAAGCCGAAGUCUCCCAUUCACAUGCCCAGAUUCACUUUAACUACACCCCAGAAACUCUUUCCUCCUUCCAGGUCAAUCAUGUUAUGGACAUGUUUGACCAAGUUUUGGACGACCUGAUUGCCCACAACCUCCAAAACCGCACGGUCGGAGACAUCAAUGUAUUCCCAGAGCGCUCAGUUCGCCAAAUCCGCGAUUGGAAUGCCGCAUCCCCUCCCAGAGUGGAGAAGUGCGCCGAUGAGCUCAUCCAGCAGCAAGCACUCCUUCACCCUCGUGCCGAAGCCGUUUGUUCUUGGGACAAGAACUUCACUUAUGGGCAGCUCGAGAUUGUCUCCAGUCGGUUGGCCCGCCAUCUGUCCAGCCUUGGAAUCAAGCCUGAAACCUUCGUGGUGUUGUGCUUCGAGAAGUCAGCUUGGGCUGUAGUUGCCCAGCUGGCUGUUCUCAAGGCGGGCGGAGCUUUUGUCUCGAUUGACCCAUCCCACCCCGAUUCUCGCCUGAAGAUGCUCAUCGAUGAAAUUGGCACUGACCUUGUAUUGUGCUCAUCUUCACUCCACACCAAAGUUUCGAAACUCUGCGAGAAAUCGUUCGCGGUCUGCCAAACUUCAAUCUCCCAACUUUCUGACUCGCCCUUGGCUUUGCCUGGUGUCCGUUCUACCCCGGAAAAUGCUGCAUAUGCUAUCUUUACCUCCGGUACUACCGGAAAGCCGAAGGCGACUGUUGUCGAGCAUACUGCCCUUAGCACCACCGCGAUUGCCAUGAUCGAUCUUCUGCACAUGAACUCCACGACCCGUGCGUUACAGUUCUCUAACUACACUUUCGAUGUAAGCAUUAUGGAGAUUAUGAUGAUUCUCAUGACUGGUGGCUGUGUCUGUAUCCCCAGCGAGGAGGAACGUAUGAACAACUUGGGUGGUGCUAUCCGCCGUAUGGAAGUCACCUACAUCUCAGCAACUCCCGCGAUUGUGAAUACUCUUGAGCCGAAAAACGUACCCAGCCUGAAGAUAAUUAUCACAGGAGGCGAGAAGAUGCCUGCCAACCAUAUCGACCGCUGGGCCGACCGGUGCGUCAUCAAUGCCUAUGGCCCCUCCGAGGCGACUGUCGUUGCCACAGUCGGUGUCAAGGUUGAUUGGGAUGGGAAUCGUGUCAACGAUGAUCCCACGUCUAUUGGCACAUCUUCCAACUGCAGAGCCUGGAUCGUGGAUCCGAAUAACUUCAAUCGUUUGCUUCCCGUUGGCGCUGUCGGUGAACUGAUCCUCGAAGGAAGCAACAUUGCUCGAGGAUACCUUGCGAACGAGGAAAAGACUAAGGCGGCUUUCUUCGAGAAGCCUGCUUGGAACCGUCACGCUGGUUUUCAGGGCGUGUUCAAACGCAAUGAUCGCAUGUACCGCACUGGUGAUCUAGUUCGCUACAACAGCGACGGCAGCCUGGCCUUCAUCUCCCGUAAAGAUACUCAGAUUAAGUUCAAUGGCCAGCGCAUUGAACUCGAGGAGAUCGAGCAACAAUGUCUAAGCUGCCUACCCGAGGACUCUCAGGUCGCUGUUGAUGUCGUUGUUCCCGAGGAACGAACCAUUGCCAAGGGCCUCGCUGCAUUCUUCACCGUGCAUGACCCCGAAUCCAACGGAGGCAGCAGCGAUCAAUUCGCCCCCACGAUUCCUGGAGCCGAUCCAUUGCUAUUGCCGAUCUCUGUUUCUAACAUGGAUGCCAUUCAGAAGUUGAAAAGCUCUUUACCCGGUCUUCUGCCUCAGAGCAUGAUGCCCCGGCUGUUCUUCCCCAUCCAUAACUUGCCCUUCACUUCCUCUGGGAAGAUUGAUCGCCGAAGACUGCGGGCGAUGGUCCAAAGCUUGUCCAAGGAGACCCUCAAGUCUUACAUUACCUUCGACAACUCCGACAAAAGGGAUGUCUCCUCAGCCACCGCCCUUGAGACUAAGCUUGUGGCCCUUGUGGAAAAGACCCUCGAACUUGAAGCUGGCUCUGUGACCGCCGAUGACAGCUUCUUCGGUCUGGGCGGUGAUUCUUUGUCUGCCAUGAACCUCGUUGGCGCUGCUCAAGCAGAGGGUAUUGCACUUACCGUCUCAAGCAUCUUCAACUCCCCAAUCUUGAUCGACAUGGCCAAGACCUGCGUCAUGUCUGAUGGGGCUGCUGAGGUUAAGAAAGAAAAUAUCAAGACGUUCUCCUUGUUACCAUCUGGAGUCUCCCUUGAAAGCCUGAUUGAUGAAGUUACCGAUAAUUGUGAAGUGUCUAAGGACCUCAUUUCCGAUAUCUACCCAUGCAGCGCUGUGCAGGAGGGUCUUUUGACGCUCUCUAUCAAGCACCACGGUGCUUAUGUUGCUCAACCCUCAUUCCGUCUUGCUCCUGGCAUUGACGUCGGUAAAUUCAAACAGGCCUGGCAACAAACUGUGGCGGACUUAGAAAUCCUUCGCACUCGCAUUGUCCACACCGAGGCCAUGAACUUUGCCCAAGUUGUCCUGAAGGAUGGCCCUAUCUCCUGGGUCGAAGCCGAGUCGUUCGAUGCUCUGCCCAACGACAUCCUUCACCUACCCAAGCAAAAUGGUGCACCUCUCACUGGUUAUGCCAUGGUGCAGCCCCGCGGCUCCUCUGAUAGCUACUUUGUGUGGUCUGUUCACCACGCUCUUUACGACGGCUGGAGUAUUCCUUUGGUAUUCCGCAAGGUUGAACAGAACUACUUUGCCUCGCAGACUACGCGAGGGGGAACGCCUUACAGUCUCUUCAUUGAUUACCUGAUGAAGAAGGAUAUGGAGGAGUCUGAUGCUUUCUGGAAGUCCUAUCUGACGGACCUGUCGAGCACUCCUUUCCCUCAUAACAAGAAUGCAGUGGCUGAUGCCAUGCGCGCUGGCAACACCCAGCACCACAGCAUCACGAUCUCCCGCAGCGCCAACAGUGUCGACUUUACGAUCCCUGUCCUUAUGCGCGCCGCAUGGGCGAUUGUCAUUGCGACCCACACUGCGUCUGGUGAUGUCUGCUUCGGCGAGACUUUGUCAGGCAGAAAUAUCAAUCUUCCUGGUGUUGCAGAUAUCGCUGGCCCAGUUCUCACCACCGUCCCCACGCGUGUCCAGGUUGACAAUGCCAUGUUAACUAUGGAGUACCUGCAGAAGAUCCACCAGUCGACCACCGAGAUGAUCCCCCACUUGCACCAUGGUCUUCAACGUAUCCGUCAGCUGAACAAGGAUACAGCCACCGGCUGCGAGUUUAAGAACCUGCUUGUUAUCCAGCCAGGCGAUGGCGAGUUAGACAACAAGAUCUGGAUCGACGAGAAACGCGAAACCAGCGAAGACUUCUUCACCCACCCCCUUGUUGUGGAAUGUGGUGUUACUAAGACCAGCAUCUCAUUCACUGUUCACCACGAUGAGCUUGUCAUCAACGGAUGGCAGACUAAGCGCAUCACCGAACAAUUUGCCCAUGUUCUGCAGCAAUUGAUUGCUUUGCCCAAGAACAGCACGAGCAACCUCGGAGACUUGGAGGUCAUCAGCCCUGAAGACAAGGCAGAAAUAGGCACAUGGAACCAACGUAUCCCACUCACAGUGGAACGGACCGUUCAAGAUUUCAUUCGUGAGAAGUGUGACGAGACUCCGAACGCUCAGGCUGUCUGUGCCUGGGAUGGUGACCUUACCUACCGAGAAUUCUGGGACCUCGCAUCUGGUUUCGCCAACUACCUGGUCUCCCGCGGUGUUGGCCCAGAGGUAUUCGUACCAGUCUGUUUGGACAAGUCAGCUUGGGCAAUGGUCACUCUCAUCAGUGUUCUCAUCGCUGGUGGUGGUUACGUGCCAUUGGACCCCUCUCAUCCUACCUCGCGACACGAGGAAAUUCUUGCCGAUGUCGGUGCCAACAUGAUAUUGUGCACCCCCAACUAUACAAACCGCUACAGCCGAGUUGUGAAGACUGUUAUCCCCAUCAGCAAGGAGACCAUCAAGGCCUAUGGCUCCCUCAAGUCAUCUAUCCGUCGUAACACUCAAGUCAAACCCUCCAACAUGGCCUAUGCUCUAUUCACCUCUGGCAGCACUGGUCGCGCCAAGGGUAUUAUUGUCGAGCACCGCAACGUGGUCAGCAGUAUCAUGGCAUUCGCACCGUGGGUGCGCAUGGAUGAGACCUCGAGAGUGUUCCAAUUUGCAUCACUCACUUUUGAUGCUGCUGUUAUGGAGACUCUUGCAAUCCUCAUGCUCGGAGGUACCAUCUGUGUGCCCAGCGAGGAUGACCGUCUAAACGACGUUGCCGGCGCAAUCCGUCGCCUUAAUGUCACUUGGACUUUCCUCACUCCCUCAAUUGCCAGCAUAAUUGAGCCAACUUCAGUGCCUUCCUUGAAGCACCUCGUUUGCGGCGGUGAGAAGAUGUCGAAUGAAGUCAUCACGAAGUGGGCCAAUUCUGUUCAUCUCAUGAACGGGUACGGACCGACUGAGACCUGUGUCUUCGCUGUGAUUGAUAAUGCAGUGGCUACCAAUCGUGAUCCUGGUCGUAUCGGUUACGGUAUUCCCAGCACGCUCACCUGGAUUGUUGAUCCAGACAACCAUGAUCGACUUACUCCCCUGGGUGCAGUCGGCGAGCUUGCACUUGAAGGCGCUCCUCUGGCCAGAGAGUACCUCAAAAACCCCGAGAAAAACGCAGAAGCAUUCACCACGGACCCUGCCUGGAUCAAGGACUUCACCCCCGCGGUUCCAGGUCCUCGCCGAAUCUAUAAGACUGGAGAUCUCUGUUACUACAACCCUGACGGCUCUGUACAGUACAUCAGCCGGAAGGAUCACCAGGUCAAAUUGCAUGGUCAGCGGAUGGAGCUUGGUGAGAUUGAGCAUCGCCUUUCUGAGGAUACCCUUACUCGCCACGCUGUCGUUGUUCUCCCUAAGAAUGGCCCGCUCAAGCAGCGCCUGGUCACCGUCAUGUCUUUGAACAGUGUCGCAGCCGAUACCAAACUAAUUUCCGACAAGCCUUGCGAGCUUGUUGAUGAGGAUGAGCUUGAGCGUCAUGCUUACAAUGAGCUGGUCGAAGUCCAGAGGAGCCUUGAGAAUCAGCUGCCCAUUUAUAUGGUCCCGCAGACUUGGGCUCUAAUCAAGAAACUUCCCAUGCUUGUUUCUGGAAAGCUCGACCGCAAAAAGAUCACCGCUUGGGUCGAGGAUAUUGAUGAUGUGUCCUAUGACCGUAUCAUGGCGGAUUACGAUCGGAUCAAGCGUGGAAAGACCGAAGAGAAGCCGCAGGAAAAGGAAGAAAAGAAUGCAUCGCUCGAAAUCGUCCGCGACAUCUUUGCACAGGUGUUGAAUAUCUCCCUACAGAAGGUCAAUGUCGACCGCUCCUUCGUCAGCUUGGGCGGCGACAGCAUUACUGGAAUGGCUGUCAUUUCUCGUGCUCGCAAGCAGGGACUUGUUCUGACACUGCACGACAUUUUGCAAAGCAGAUCGGUUAAGGAACUUGCUCAAACUGCCAGCUCCAAGGCACCUGUCGCUAGGCGGGAAGAGAAGUCCGGUGAGGGCUUUGCACUUUCGCCUGUUCAGAGACUCUAUUUCCAGAGCUCGGACUCUUUCAAGGGCGCUGCCCGUUUCAACCAGAGCAUAACUGUUCGGAUCGCUCGCCGUUGUGAGGGCGAAGUCCUCAAGCGCGCUCUCAAGGCCGUCAUUAGCCAGCAUGCCAUGUUCCGCACACGCUUCAGUAAAUCCAGUGACGGCACUUGGCAACAGAAAACUGGAUCGGAGGUCGAUGAAUCUUUCCGAUUCCGCGUUCACUCUGUGGGCGAUACCCGGGCGAUGGUUCCGAAGAUCGCUGACAGUCAAACUUGCCUGGAUCCUCUCAAUGGACCUAUUCUGGCAGCCGAUCUCUUUAACCUUCGCACUGGUGGCCAGGUCUUGUUCCUCGUCGCUCACCAUCUCUGCAUUGAUAUGGUAUCAUGGCGCAUCGUGCUCCAGGAACUCGAAGAGCUCGUUGUCUCUGGAUCUCUUUCACUUGAAAAAGCAUUGUCCUUCCAAAGCUGGUGUGCCAUGCAAACCGAGAGAACAAACACAAACGAUUCGACUAUUGCUCUGCCUUUCACCCCGGAGAAGCCGAACUUGCUAUACUGGGGCAUGCAAGACUCGCCCAAUGUGUAUGGAGACAUCAAGAUGGAAUCAUUCACGUUGAGUGAGGAUACAACCCAGUUUAUCUUGGACGGCUGCCACAAUGUCUUCCGGACUGACACCGUCGACAUUUUGCUGUCUGCCAUUAUCCAUUCCUUCGGCCGCACUUUCACUGAUCGCAAGGUGCCAACUAUCUACAACGAAGGACAUGGCAGAGAGCCUUGGGAAGCCGACAUUGAUCUUUCAAGAACAGUGGGCUGGUUUACCACUAUGGCGCCUUUGUCGGUGGAUUCGGACGCUCGUAAGUUUACCAUACCACAUGUUGCCGAUAGAAAGCUGACACAGAAAGGUGCCCUCAACGACAUUAUCAAGCGUGUCAAGGACACUAGACGCAAGAUCGCAGACAAUGGGCGUCCUUACUUCGCCAAAAGCCUGCUUCACGAUCAGGCUGCAGAUUUCCCUGUCCCGUUAGAAAUCCUUUUCAACUACCUGGGUAAAAUGCAGCAACUUGAGCGAGCCGAUUCGUUGUUCCAUCACCAUGGUAGCGUCUUCGACAGCUCGGACUUUGCUGUUGCAGGUGACAUGGGCCCUCAGACUGCUCGAUUCGCCCUCUUCGAAGUAUCUGCCAUUGUCAUCAAAGACCGCCUCAAUGUUGCUUUCACUUACAACAACAAAAUGCAACAUGAAAGCUCAAUUCGCCGCUGGAUUCUCCAGUGCAAGCAGACUCUUGAGAAGGAUAUCCUCGCUCUCAAAACGGCUACUCCUGAGCCAACUCUCAGCGACUACCCCCUCCUGCCAAUCAACUACCACGGCCUCCAGAUGCUCACCGCUAGCACCUUCCGCAAGGCAGGCAUUCGGAACAAGGAUGACGUCGAGGACAUAUAUCCCUGCUCUCCCAUGCAAGAGGGCCUCUUGCUCAGCCAGCUACGCGACCCCAAUGCCUACAUGUUCCAUACUGUGUUUGAGAUCAAGGAUGCCAAAUCUGGCAAAGUCAAUGCCGAAGGAGUUGCUCGUGCCUGGCAAGCCCUCGUCGACCGUCACCCAGUGCUCCGAACUAUUUUCAUCGACAGCAACUAUACUGGUGGAUCCUUCGAUCAACUGGUACUCAAGAACCUUUCUGAUAAUAUCCUCCGCGUGGAAUGUCAAGACUCACAAGUCGAGGAGAAGUUGGCUGCCAUCUCUCUUCGUGACAGGAACGCGAUGCGCCAAUCAAAGCUUUCUCACCAACUAACUGUUUGCAAAACAAACACCGGACGCGUGAUACUGAAGCUGGAGAUUAAUCAUGCCAUUAUUGACGGUGGCUCGGUGGAUGUACUCCUCCGUGACCUGACUCUCGCCUACGAGCGAAAGAUUUCUGAGGGCUCAGGACCUCGCUUCAGCGAUUACAUCAAGUUCAUCAGAACUCAGAGCCAGAGUGACGCUCUCAGUCACUGGAACCAAUACCUCGGUGGAGUUCACCCAUGUCACCUCGCUCCAUCGGCUGUUUUCGAAGCCAAAAGAGAACUCAAGGGCGUCAUGAUGAACUUCCAACGAUUCCCUGAGCUGCUCAAGUUCUGCGAGCGCAGCUCUGUCACUCUUGCCAACUUGACUUUGUCUGCCUGGGCCAUCGUCCUGCGGCAGUUCACUGCCUCCGAUGACGUUUGCUUCGGAUAUCUUUCUGCAGGUCGCGACGCCCCUGUCGAUGGCAUUCAGGACAUGGUUGGAAUCUUUAUUAACAUGCUUUGCUGCCGAGUCCAGUUCACUGACCAGCAGACCCUGACCGAUGUGUCCAAAAAUGUUCAAGAUGAUUAUGUUCGAUGCAUUCCCCACCAAAGCUGCUCUCUGGCGAGCAUCCAGCAUGAGCUCGGUUGGCAAGGACAGUCCCUCUUCAAUACUACGCUGUCAAUCCAAAACCACUCCGUUGCGGGUGGUGCCAAGGACAAGGGAUUGUCCUUCGAUCUUCAGCACGCACAUGACCCGAGCGAGUAUGCGGUCACUGUGAACGUGGAGAUUGCCAGAGGCCAGGAGGGUAUUCUUUUGAGAUACUGGAACGAUGUUGUGUCUGAUGAAGAAGCACAGGCUCUGGCUGACACCAUCGCCAAAGUGUUCACUGGAUUCAUUGAAUCCCCGGCUGCGACCCUGUCGCAGUCCACAUUCACUUCCGAGGCUGAGCCUGAGUCACUGGACUGGGAUCGCUCCCAAACCACACUGGCUGACAAGGCAAAGUCGACUGGAGAGGCCAUUGAUGGCAGUGCUAUUCAGAAAAUUAUUGAUGAACGUGUUCAUGAGAUUAUUGCUCAGAUGUUAAGAGAAGGAAAACUGACGGUGCCACCCAUUCGCACCGAAGGGUUGUCAAGCUAUGGUGAUCACAUCGACGCCAUACCACACUCACCGUACCAGUUAGGUAUCCAAGGAGCAGAUGAUUCAGGUGUUUGUUCGGCGACCUCCCGUUCCAGUGAGGAUGGGAUGUCGGCCGAUGUGGAAAGGAAAUUGUGGAAUCUUUGGAGCACAGCUCUUGGCCUCUCACCCAACGUGGUGAGACACCAGGACAGCUUCUUCAAGUUGGGCGGUGACAGCAUCACCGCCAUGAAAAUGGUCAGUGCCGCUCGCGAAGAGGGCCUGGUCCUUACUGUUGCAGAUGUCUUCAACAAUCCUGUCUUUGAGGACAUGUUGACAACAGUGCGAGCUGCGAAUGUCACUCAGCAGAUGUUGAACGUCGAUCUCAAGUCUGGCGGUCACAGGGAGGCUGAUAGCGACUUGCUCAAUAUCACGCCGACAACACUGGGGCCCAGCCCCUCAACUGAGAGCCUCGAGUAUCUCAGGCCAUCGUGCGUCGACGAUGCCGCUGUACAGAGUGGUAUCUGUCCUAAGAUUGGUGUCUUCAAGGGUGGCAUUGCCGAUGUUCUCCCUGUCACUGACUUCCAGGCGAUGUCUCUGACGGCAACUCUCUUCAAGUCCCGAUGGAUGCUCAACUACUUCUAUCUUGAGGGCAAUGGUCCCCUGGACCUCAGACGCCUCCGCGAGAGUUGCUUGAAGGUUGUCGAUGCCUUCGAUAUUCUGCGCACAGUGUUUGUGUGCUUCCACGACCAGUUCUUCCAGGUCGUGCUGCGCAAGAUCCGUCCCAGCAUCUUUGUAUAUGAGACCGACCGUGCUCUUGAUGAAUUCACCAUGACCCUUCAGCAGAGAGAUCGCGAAUACGGACCUCGCGAAGGCGAGCAGUACGUGCAGUUCUACGUUGUCAAGAAAAAGGGCAGCGACCAGCACCGUAUUUUGAUCCGUCUCUCUCACACUCAAUACGAUGGAGUGUGCUUGCCGAGGAUCAUGUCUGCCAUUAAGCACGGAUACGAAGGCACCCCGCUGCCGCCGGUUACUCCCUUCGCUGGCUACCUGCGACAGUUGCCCGGAACAAUCACCCCAGACCAUUACCGCCAUUGGUCCGAUCUCCUCAAGGGCUCUCAAAUGACCCAAGUUGUGCACAGAAAGGGUACCAGCAUGUUCCAGAAUGUUGGAGCAUUCACCGAGAUUCACAGAAAAAUUGAAAUCUCGCCCACGGCCCUUGGAAAUGUCACUAUCGCAACGGUCAUGCAGGCUGCCUGGGCCCUGACCCUUGCCAAGCUGUCCGCUCAGUCCGAUGUUGUCUUUGGUCUGACCAUCAGCGGUCGUAACGCUACAGUUCCCGGCAUUGAGAGCACUGUUGGCCCCUGCGUCAAUGUUAUCCCGGUGCGCGUGAAGCUCGAUGAGAAAUGGACCGCUGUCGAUUUCUUCCGCUACCUCCAGGACCAGCAGAUCUCCAACAUGCCUUUCGAGUCUCUGGGCUUCCGCGAGAUUAUCAAGCAGUGUACCGACUGGCCUGACUGGACCUACUUUACUACCUCGGUCUUCCACCAGAAUGUGGACUACGAAGGAACCAUCGAACUCGACAACAACAAGUACCGCAUGGGUGGUGUCGGCGUUAAUGACAACCUAGCCGAUCUCACCAUGGUGUCGCGCCCCUCCGGUGAACGUGGCCUCGAUGUCACUCUUGGCUACUCCGAAAAGGGCCCUGUGAUGCCAUCCUUCGCAUCAAAGGUUCUAGACAUGGCCUGCGAGAUUGCUCAGUCACUCGUUGCCAAUCCAACCGCCUCACUGCCCUCCGCGAGCAUGCUGCGCUCUCUACCUCCCCAGACAAUCGACGACCCCUCUCGACCAUCAGACGAGCACUUCCUCAGCGCACACCUCAAGUCGCGCUCCAUCGCAGAGUUGCUUGUACACUCGGACAUUUUGUCUCGUUCAUGGCACCAGGUCCUGCCGAGCCGUACCCCCACGGCCCCUGUCGACCCAGAUGCUGAUGACAAGCCAGCCCACCAACCCAACUUCCAGUUGGACUCGUCCUUCUUUGAUCUCGGUGGUGAUGUCUUCAACCUAGCCCAGCUUACCUGGCUUCUUGAGCAAGAGGGUCUUAAGGUCCGUCUCGAGGACCUUAUUGAACACCCCUCUUUCCUUGGCCAAAUGGCCGUGCUGGCGCUGCAUAACGCCAAGCACCAGGACGAUAUUCCAACAGAGCUUCUAGCUACUGGUGCUGCAUCGCCUGAUCCUGUCGCUCGCAUUGAAAAGAAGAAGACGUGGUCGAAGGCCAUGACUAUUGCGCGAAAGUUGACUGGCCGAAACACAGUCACUACUCGUGCUUGA